AUGGCGUCUAACUUCUCUAGCAUCCCAGUCCUCGACUACUCUUUGGCUGUCGAUCCCGAGCGCAGAGCGGAGUUCAUUGCCCAGCUUCGCCAUGCCCUCAUCAACGUCGGCUUUCUCUACCUCCAGAACUCCCCCGUUCCCCGCGAGGACAUCGACGCGGUGAUCGACUACACGCCGCGCUUGUUCGACAUCCCCCAGGAAGCGAAGGACAAGAUCCGCAUGGCGAACUCAGAGCAUUUCUAUGGCUACUCCAGGCUCGGUGCUGAACUGACUAAGGGCAAGUCGGACCAGCGCGAGCAGUUCGACUUCGGCACUGAGUGCGAGAACGUCUGGAAGCCUGGAGAUCCUGAUUACAUGAGGCUUUGGGGCCCGGCCCAGUGGCCUGAGGACGAGCUGCUGCCGGGCUUCAAAGCGGCGAUGUUGCGCUACCUCGCAGGGGUAGAGAUGCUUAGCUACGAAUUCACCAACUUGCUUGCAGAGGCUUUUGGACUCCCGCUUGACGCGCUGAAGGCCUUUUACGAGACAGAGAUGCCAGUUCAACAUUGGGCCAAGGUGGUCAAAUACCCUGCCUUGGACAAUCUCUCCUCGGACCAAGGCGUCGGGCCCCACUUCGACGCUGGAUUUUUGACAUUCCUACUUCAAGCGUCUCCACAUGCGGGGCUCCAGGUCCAGAAUCUUUCAGGCGAAUGGAUUGAUGCGCCGCCUAUUCCUGGAACCUUCGUGGUCAACAUUGGGAAAGCACUCGAGACUGUUACGCAGGGGUUGGCCCGGGCAACGUCUCAUCGUGUGCUCUCCCCUUCGAAGGGAUCCACUCCUCGCUACUCUAUCCCAUUCUUCCAAAACAUAUCCUUGCGUAUCUCGGUCAAGGAUAUCACCCUGCAACUGAACGAGGAAAUUGUCAAGCUGAAGGAACAGCGUGGCGAGGGCGGCACUCCCGAUUCCGUCAAUUACGCCGAGUAUGGCCAACUGCCUACCGGCCAAGUCAACCUGAUCGGCCGUAUCAAGAGUCAUCCCGAUGUUGCGCAGCGCCACUAUCCCGAGCUGUUCAAACAAUUUUUCCCGCAGGGACUUCCGAUGCAGGGGAAGGCGUAUUGA